UUCCGCACGCAAAACCACGAAGCAAUACGAAUAAAACUUCGAAAAUACUCGCACGACAAACACUUGUCCGCUACGCCACCUUCGCGUCGUCUGCAAACGCUCGUGAAUUCGAGAAGCAUCCGGGUACCUCGCGGCGCUCCGUCGCCCACGUGAUCGGUCUCCCUCCAAUCAGCGCGUGGGUUUCGCUUUUUCCUACAGAAUGUUCUCCGCGCUUCUCGGCUCUAUGAUAACAGGUAUAAAACUUGCGCGCAUCCUGUGAGCGGCAGAUUUGACGAAGUGCAUACAGUUCUGUGCAAACGAGCGCUAAAACUCUUACUCGCAAAGCCAUGUCCGUUUACCCGCUCAUCGCAAACUCCUCCUGCCGUCCACUGGACAUUGCAGAGAGGCUGUUCGAUGACACAUUCGUGCCUGAGAUUCGGGGCGGAGAUCUUUUUUCUCCCCCGGUCUACCAUCGUCGGUACUUUAUGACUCCACGGAGAGCCGAUGACGCAAGCUUCGGCAGGUCGGACGAAGUCACCUGUACAUCGGACAAGUUCGCCCUCAACCUCGAUGUGAGGAAUUUCGCACCGGAAGACAUCUCGGUGAAGACGACGGAAAACGUAAUCGAAAUCCAUGCCAAGCACGAAGAGAAGUCUGACGACCACGGCUACGUUCUUCGAGAGUUCACGCGGCGAUAUACUCUUCCGGAAGAUGUGGACCCCGAGGCGGUGACGUGCAACAUGUCUGCCAGGGGAGUUCUCACACUUCAAGCGCCGAGGAAGAAAGCCGCCAAAGAAGAGAAGAAUGUUCCCAUUGCUGUGAAACACGUGAAGAAAGACGCCGUCACAGAGGAGUAAUUAUGAACUGAUCUGAUCUAGUUUGUGAAUAAGUGCUAAGUGUGUGAUUUUAACUUUGUGAGUGUAAAAAAGUUAUGUAAAUAUAACCGGUGUAAAUAAAGAGUGUGUCUCCUUUUUUGUGUUAUAUGAAAAAACA